GUCGUUGGAUCCGAGGCGAACAAGCAGGUGACGUUUCUGUGGAACGUACCCUAUGUCGGGCCAAACAAAUUCGACUGCUCUUGCGCGAUAGACGUUUUCACCGUCAAAGUCUUGGGUGGGCGGGGAAAUCAAGCUGUUGUCGUCUUCGUAUUCGAACUAGCUCUAAGGGCAGAUCCAAGGUUGGAUGAUGGUGUGUUCGCAGCUGUCCCCAAGUAUCCCUAG